CGUUAAUAGGUUUAAGCGCACACGUAGACAUACGUAGAAGACCAACAGACUAUCUAGAGACGAGAAGGUACAAAGACCCGGUCAAGGCGCCGCUAUAAUUCCAUAAAUACGGUAAGUUGUACAGCAUGGAGCUAGAUUUGAAGCACGAGGACCGACGCGUGACAUAACAGAACAGUUAGAAAUUAUCGAAGUAAAAAAUUGCACGACGAUGCAUCGCGUCGAGACGGUUUUUCGAAGCGUUUCAUCGCUAAUAAGCGGAGGUAACUGACAGAAAAAAUCGUCUGGUACCCGUUAACGAGAUGCUAUUUUCCAUACGCUUUUUCGCUUGGACGCCUCGCACGGAGCUCUACACCAACUCGGCGACACAUUCCUAAUUAUAACAUUUUUCCUAACCGUCGAACUGCUAUCGUUGCAUUGUUUUAUGAUGGCAAGUGUGCGAGGUCUUUGGUAUACAGAGCCCAGAUGUAGCUAUAUUUUUCGCCAAUUUAUAUCGAGUUCGCGUUCGUUCGAUGUGUGAAAAUUACUUUUUUGGUCGUUUAAAUGCAUCUUUUCGCCGGACGUCACCCGCGCCGUCAUGUUUUCAUUGUUUUGGUUUGUAUUGGUGUACUUGAUGGAUCGGCUGAUACAUGUGAAAAACGAAGUGCAGCUUUCGACACCUCGAGGUUUCUAUACGACUAUUCGUAAUUUGAGUGACAGUUCGUAUGUGAUUUCAACACCCUCAGUUCCACCGAAAUCAUUGGUGUCCUCGUCGUCUUAUUCUAUCAGUUCCCAGCCGGCGUUAACUAUCACACUGGCCGAUGGAAAUGUGCUCGAAGCAUUCAGAACGAUGAAUUUUCACAGAUCUAAAAUGAACGAAUACUUGUGCGACGAUUUCAUUACUUCCGCCAAAAUCACGCCGAUCGUGGGACGCAUUCUGGAUUCUGAUACUGAUAACAGAAACAUGGAGACUAAAUUGAUACGAGAUGUGGGUUCAAAUUCGUAUAAGAAUUGGUUGAUGAGGACAAUCAGCAACGGCAACAAACCAGAGCAAAGAAAUUCAUCGCAACGCCAAGAUGUGCUACGAUCUGGAUACGUGGAAGGUCAUUUCAAAAAACCGUUUUAUAAAGUUCGAGGCAGCAAUACUCGUAGUGACGACGACAGCCAUGGUAACAGUAACAAGUACAACAACAACGUCGAAGAUGAAGAUAUUUAUUCCGGAAUGUCGUUUCCUGCUUAUCACGUGAAUCGUUUCAAGCAAACCUCGUAUCCAAUCUACCAAUCCACCCACAACAGAAGCUCAAUCAUACCAAUAACGUUAUCCACACAGCAGAGACGCCGCUAUCCAACCCAACUGAUCCCGAAUGAAAACGUAAUUGGUGUUAAUCUACAUGGAAAAUUCAUGAACUUGACCGAAAAUUACCGAAAAAAUCAUCAAACCAAUGUUACCCCUCGCGAACCCUUCCAAAGAUCAGAUCCAUCUCAGAUGAACAAUUUAGUCCAAUCAUUAAACAAAGAAACUGUCGCCAUAUAUGUAACUCAGAGUAGUCCCCCAUCCAUGGGGCAAAUGAUCACUGAUGGUAACACUGCGUAUUGGACAUCCGAUGGAAAUAUGGAAAUAUCUAGUUAUAACGGAUGGCCCGGAUACAGCGAUGGUGGAGAUAAUAUGCAACGAAAUCCUCAGAUACCAGCUCCUGAAACGGAUAAUGGUGGCGAUUCUUUUGGAGGAUAUUAUUACACCACGAUUCCAGCUCCACCGAUGGAUGGUAAUAAUGUACCUUAUACGCAGAAUUACCCUUCGAUUACGGAGAGUCCUAGAGAAUACACGUAUCCUCCUUAUUAUCCGCCUUCUGAUGUUGGGAGUGGGUUCAACUUGCCUGUAUAUGGAUAUCCUGGAAAUAACAUGGACUCAACCAGUACAACUGCAAUCCCUGGACUUCCCCAAUACACCUAUCAAACUCCAGUCACCUCCAACUUAUACGGAUAUCAACCAUCUAUCACUUCCUGGCCAUACGGUUGGACACCAACAGUAACAACCACCACAUCAAUGCCAAUGGUCAUCGGAUGGAUGCCAAUGACUUCACCAGCACCAGCACCACCAAUGGUCAAUACACUUCCUCCUUCCAGCACAACACCACCAAUGAUGGCGAUGGUACCAAUGAUGCCAAUGAUGCCAACACCUCCUCCUGUCACAGCUGCACCAACACCACCAGCACCCCAGACUCCAGUGCCAAUGAUACCAAUAUAUGGAUAUCUACCCUCUGUGCCAGCUUCGGUUCCAACACCUCCUAAUCCAUAUGGUUAUCUACCUCCCAAACCUCCGGCUGGAAUGUGGCCUUCUCCAACAUCUACUCCAUUACCAUACGGCAUCGAUUACACGUUCAAUCCACCUAAUAAUCAAAAUCCUCCGUAUGGCCCAGAUAUGGAUUUCGAUCCACAUAGUGCAGCUCAAUUCGCCAACAGCGAGACUCAGAAUGAUUUUCCUGGUGAUGUUUCUUCGUUGCAAGAUAUGCCAGAUAUGCAAGUGCAAGAUAUGUCAGAUUUACAAAUGCAAGAUAUGCAAGAUUUGCAAGAUCCCAGAGAUAAUGCUAUCUCCAAUAUCCUGGGACCGGACGCUUACGAGCUCAUUUUGACGGCUAUUGCGUUUAUGGCAUUUGGCACUUAUUUUAUGAACAUGAUGUUGCAGUUGAUGCAGGGUAAUUCUCCACCAACAAUGAUGAUCAUUGGAAACGGUGGGAACAAUGCAGUAGCUCCAGGAUCUAACGAGCAAUUCAGGAAAUUUUCCUACGAAGAUGAUUCAAGAGUAAUCGAUGACAUAUUGUUUGCCAUCAACGAGUUCGACAAUUGGUUAACCAAAAAUUCUGCCAAUUCUGAAUCAAAUUAAAGAUUAAUUAUGUGAGCCAAUAAGUUCGAGUUCUUUCGCUGCAUUGAACGACGGAUUCAGCCGGAAAUGAAAUAAUUACAACCAACGAAGAAUCAUAAUUCUUAACGUUUUAAUUACCUAUUCAUUUUACUUAAUUUGCUGGUGAUGGGAAUUCGAUACGCUGAAUCCAUUGUUCAACCGAAAAAAAAAAUUCCUACCUACUAUUCGAUUUUGAUUUUUCAAAUCCAUGUAACAAACUAAAAUGAAAUAAAACAAAUCGAUUAAUUUA